UAUCUAGUACGUGCGCAGCCGUUCGAGCGGCGUAUAAGAGGCCGGCUAGGAUGGGGUAGCCCUGCAACAGCGGCUCUUCCAGCUUCAGCAGACGACCAAUCGGGCAUCACACGUAGUAUUAAUUUCCGACAACGCAAUGUCCAACACCUCUCCAGUUCCUAUCCUCAUCGCCGGCGCAGGGCCCACUGGACUCAUCCUGGCGCUGACGCUCCUUCAGAACGGCAUUCCAGUCCGCAUAAUUGACAAGGACGCAAAUCGCAACCCUGGCCAACGCGGUGCCGGCUUGCAGCCACGGACUCUAGACCUGUUUCACUUUCUCGAGGUGAUCGACGACGUGCUUGCGAAGGCAUUGCUCAUUAUGCCCGGUCAUCAAUACAAGCUCCCAGGUGGGGUGGAGAUACUCAAAGUAGUCAUCAUGACUUCAAUCGUGGAGCCAACGCCUUCAAUCCCCUACAAUAACGCGAAGCUGCUUGGCCAGUACAACACGGAGGCGAUCCUCCGAUCACACAUCGAGCGUCUCGGCGGCAAAGUGGAAUACGGGACAGAGCUGCGUAGCUUCGUGCAGUACCCUGACCGCGUCGAGGCGCUGCUUGCCACCAAGAACGGCGAGGCGGAGAAGAUUGAGACCGUGGUAACCCACUGGCUUGUAGGCUCGGACGGGGGCAGAAGUGCCGUCCGCAAGCAGUUAAACCUGUCCUUCAUCGGAGAAACUCGUACGGAGGGCCAGUGGAAGGCGGUGCUCGGUCUGGUCGAGACGCAGGGACUUGGUACCGACUACUGGCAUCAGUGGGGAGACAUUAACACUGCCGGAGUGAUGAUGAUGCCCACGGAGAGGCCCGGCUGGUUCAGCUUUAUGUUGAAAGCGGCCGCGGAUGAGGAGAAACUGCUGGUGGACAGGGAUGCACUUGUGGAGGUCUUAUACAAGCAAGUCGGGCGGAAGGAUCUGGUGUUCGGGCAAGUCGAGGCGCUCUCGUUGUACAGACCGAACAUCCGCGUGGUCGACAAGUUCAGCGAGGGCCGGGUCUUCCUUGCUGGCGAUGCGGCGCACGUUCACAGUCCCGCCGGUGGUCAGGGCCUGAACUCCGGUGCUCAGGAUUCCUUCAAUCUCGCGUGGAAGCUCAGCCUCGUCGAAAAGGGUUUGGCCUCUCCUUCCCUGCUCGCCACGUACACCGAAGAGCGCCUCCCCGUCAUCGCCGCCAUGUUACAGAAGAGCACGAAGCUCUACGACGCGAUGCUAAAGAACGCCGAGGACGGUUGGAAGCGUGGUGGCGACCUGAAGAUGCUCGGCAUCAACUACCGCUGGAGCUCGAUCGUCGUCGAUGAGCGCACGCCAAAGGCGGAGUCGCCCAACGACGUGAACCCGUACGGCUCCGGCAACGACAGUGAGCUCAGGGCGGGUGACCGCGCGCCGGAAGCACCGGACCUCGUGCCAGUGCGCACUGGAGAGGCGGACGGCGCGACGUCCCUGUUCAACGUGUUUCGGCCUAUGCAUCAUACGGUGCUGUUGUUCAAUCUGCCCGCGGAGGAGAUGGAGCAGCUUCUGCAAGCGGCCCAGAAGUAUCAGGCUGGCUCCGUCAAGACAGUGCUGGUCUUCCCGCAGGGCACGUCCGACCCGCACAUCGCUGGUCAACCCGACCUUGUGGUGGUCGACAAGGGUGGCCAUGCGUACGCAGGGUACCUCGUGUCUCCGGAGAAGCCGACAAUCGUGAUCGUGCGUCCUGAUGGAGUCAUCGGCGGGAUUGCAUACGGCUUGAAAGGCUUCGAGACGUACUUCCGGGGCGUAUUUUCUGUGAUUGGCGAUGCGCUGUAGUAUAGUAGUUUAUACCCGCGGACCCGAAAUUCAACCUGUGCUGUACUAGUAGCCGAUAGUAAUAAUCAUUGACUCCCCGCUCUAGUUAUUCCGAAGUCCUCGCAUGUCUGGCGAAUGAGAUCCGUUUGACCAAUAGCAAAGAACUGCAACUUG